AUCAUAGUUAGCAUGGCGAAAAGGCGAGGGAAACGUAGCCGUCGACAACGUCGUAUAUUAAACCCCCACCGCAAAAUCCAACAAGUUAUCGAAGGAGCAGAUUUCAUAAACUCUAUGCCAGAUGAGAUCCUCAACCAUAUUCUCUCCUUUAUUCCCAUCGAUCUCGCCAUCAGAACGUCCGUCUUGUCCAGACGGUGGAGGCAUGCAUGGUGCGAAUUACCUUGUCUCCACCUUAGAACGACCGCUAAGGGGAUAGACCAAACCUUGCUUUCCUACAGGAGACUGAAAAUCAUGAGUUUUAAACUUUGUGUGACCCAUAAAGUCACUGAGCCCCAGUUUAAUAGCUGGGUCGAGUUCGCUAUGUCUCGCAAUGUGGGGGAGCUGUCUCUGACCGGCCUUUUUUUUUAUUACGAGACUUAUGGUUUCCCGGAUUGCUUCUAUCUUAGUUCCUCCUUAAGGCAACUCAAUUUGGUGGAUUUUGAUAUGCUUCCUGGAUGCACUGUGUCUUGGAACUUCCUAAGGAGGUUGACAUUGAGUAGUUGUAGUCUCUAUGAUGAAUCUAUUGCUAAUAUUCUCUCUGGCUCUCCAAAUCUUGAAACCUUGCAAUUGUUUUACUGUGGUGGUUUACUUAAGCGUCUUGAUCUGAGUAAAUCACUGAGUCUGAGAGCACUAGAAAUAUAUGGCUGGUCCCAGCGUUCAGGUCAGAUGGAGAUUGUAGCACCGCACAUCCAUUAUUUGAAUUUGAAAAACUCUGAUGUGGCACCAUGUACUUUAGUGGAUGUCUCCUCUCUGGCCGAUGCUAUCCUUUGCAUUGGCUUGAACAGGUACCGUCCUUUCAAGGCUGGUUUUCAACAAUAUGCUGAUGUUCUUCAGACCAUUGUGCUUAAGAUGCUAGCAAAAUUGCAAAACGUAGAGAGGCUUACGUUUUGUGGGGGAUACCUUCUUCAGAUUCUAUCUCUCGCCAUGCUCUGUGGUGUUCGUUUACCGAAGCUCAAGGUCCAAUCUUUGACUGUUCAGACAAAUUUUGCUCGAUCUUUUAUUCCUAGCAUAGCAAGGUUACUACAAAAUUCACCUGGAUUGAAGAAGCUUGAAGUACACGCAACAUACGUGAGCUAUAUCAAGGAUGCUGAUUUGGACGAGUAUUUAAGAAUAUCACAAGGCUUGGAUUCAGACACAUGUUGGAGAUCAAAGCAUGAGGUGUUUCCUACCACAAGCCGGAUGUAUUCCAUGUCGGAUUGUAAUGAUGCAAAGAUGAAACUCUUAGGUUCGUUCCUGAGAUUGGUGCUGAGAAACGCAAAGAGACUAGAGAAGAUCGUUGUAUGGCUGGGAGAUUCUUACUUUAGUGAUGAACAAAUGGAGCGGCUUCUGAUGGUUGGGACACUUUCUCCAAACAAUAAUGUCUCCAUUGAGUUCAAAUGACGCAAUUGCUAAAAAAAAUUUCAUUAUUGUUUUGUUUAGUAGUCUUAAUCUUAACUAGAUUUUGAUUUGCCUUUUAAAA